AUGUCUCCAAUCUCUGAGAGGUUUAGUGAGUUUGCAGAGAAGUAUCGUCUUGUGCAGGCGUACCGCAGUUCUCUGGGAGCCGCUAUGACAGCCUGGGGAUGGGUACAGGAGCGCAUGUGGCCUGUGUAUUCCACCGGUCUCAUUCUCUCGGCCCUGUUUAUGUUGGCAUCGGCGAACGAGAAACAAAUCCUCGCCGACCAUCUCUACGGCAGCGACGUCGUCUUGCAGAAGGAGCGGGAGAAGACAGUCGAGGAGGCUCGAAAACUCUUCCGGGAGGAGUCGGUCCAGGGAGUGAAGCAGGUGGUGUGGAUGCUGCCGAGUGGUGAGUUUAGGGGAGAGUAUAAGGAACGCUACGGUAAUGUGUAA